CCUCUUCAGUUCUUGUUCUGACUCUCUGGUGCGUGGAAGGCCCUCUCUGGGAGGCCGCACUUGCCAGCUCACUCGCCACUUGUCCGACAGUCCACCAACUACGUAUAUCUCUCGUCUUUGGAAAAGUGUUUCGGUGACCACGAACGAAGGAAUUACUUAAAUAAGUGACUAAAGUUAUUGACGGCGAUAAAAGUACUCGAAGUACCAAGUGUUGAACCGACCUGUUGCAUUGACAAAGUUUAACGAACUUUGAGUUAUUUCUCAAUAUUAUUAUAGUGUCUACGUUAUUCCACACAACUCACAAAAAAAAAGAUAAAAAACAAAAAUACUGAACUUUUAAACUAUAGAGGAUCAGAGAGUGAACGGAAAAGACAUAUCGAAGAGAAUGGAAAGAUAAAAAGUAAUUUUUCUGAUCUUAUUCAUUUGAGAGAAUCGAAGAGGUUCAAUUCUCUCCACUAAUCGGAGUGAGACGAAUAUUUGAAAAGAAUAUUUUCAGAAAGGAGGAAUAUUUUAAAAGAAUAUUUUCUGAUAAUAGGAAUAUUUGAAAAGAAAUUUUUCAGAAAGGAGGAAUAUUUUAAAAUAAUAUUUUCUGAUAGGAGGAAUAUUUUCAAAGAAUAUUUUCACAAAGGAGGAGCAUUGUCAAAGAAUAUUUUCAGAAAGGGGGCAUAUUUUAAAAGUAUAAUUGGAGAUAGGAAUGUUUUAAAAGAAUAUUUUUUUGAAAGGAGGAAUAUUUUAAUUUUUUUCAGAAAGGAGGAAUAUUUUAAAAAUAUUUUCUGACAGGAGGAAUAUUUUCAAAGAAUAUUUCCACAAAGGAGGAAUAUUUUCAAAGAAUAUUUUCAGAAAGGAGGCAUAUUUUAAAAGUAUAAUUGCAGAAAGGAAUAUUUUAAAAGAAUAUUUUUAGAAAGGAGGAAUAUUUUAAUUUUUCUCAGAAAGGGGGAACAUUUUCAAAGAAUAUUUUCAGAUAGGAGGAAUACUUUUAAAGAAUAUUUGCAGAAAGGAGGAAUAUUUUCUACGAAUAUUUUCAUAAAGGAGGAAUAUUCUAAAAGAAUAUUUUCAGAAAGGAGGAAUAUUUCCAAAGAAUAUUUUCAUAAAGAAGGAAUAUUUUCAAAGAAUAUUUUCAGAAAGAAGGAAUAUUUUCAAAGAAUAUUUUCAGAAAGGAGGAAUAUUUUCAAAGAAUAUUUUUAGAAAGGAGGAAUAUUUUCAAAGAAUAUUUUCAGAAAGGAGGAAUAUUUCAAAGAAUAUUUUCACAAAGGAGGAAUAUUUUAAAAGAAUAUUUUCAGGGAGGAGGAAUAUUUUAAAAGAAUAUUUUCAGGGAGGAGGAAUAUUUUAAAAAUAAUAUUCUCAUAAAGGAGGAAUAUUUUAAAAGAAUAUUUUCAGAAAGGAGGAAAUAUUUUAAAUUUUUUUGGAAAGGAGGAAUAUUUGAGAAUAAUUUCAUGAAAGAGGAAUAUUUUAGAAAAUAUUUUCAUAAAGGAGAAAUAAUUUAGGAAAUAGUUCUGAAAAUAAAACAUUCAAACUCAUAAAGGAAGAAUAUUUUAGAAAAAAUUUCUGAAAAGUUAAACAUUCAAACUUAUAAAGGACCAAUAUUUUAGAAAAUAUUUCUGAAAAAAGAAAACGCACAAAUAUUCGAACCGAGACCAAAAGUGAUCAGAAAAUGCAAUGACAUUUUCAUACAUUUAACGUCAAUCCUCUCUGCAAUUCCUGUUGUUUAAGACACUACGUUUAAUUGCAACUCUCCAGUUCAUCGCUAAAAGACAAUUGUCAGUGAAAGUACGAAACCCAAUUGAAGAAAGGUGUGCCGACUGAGGAACGGAUUAAAAUGGUGGAGUCUAGACUCAUUCUUCAGGCAAGGAUAUUCCAGUGACGUUUCCUCCAGCCCAUCGUCGAAAGGUCAACGAUGCUGACCCUCUGGGAAAACAUACCGUAAGGGAUCGAAAAAAUUGAUUAUGAUGUCACUGACGUUUCUGGAAUAUGGAAAAUGCUCCAGUAACCAUGACUGGCAAUAGAAAGUGAGAGUUCUGAGUGGAUUACAGAAAAUUUUCCUGGAUGAUAAAAAUGAUUUUGUCCCUGGAAUUCCAGGAAUAUGGAAAAUGCUCCAGUAACCAGUAAUUGAUUUGCAAUAGAAAGUGAGAAUUUUGAGUGCAGAAAAUUUUCCUGGAUGAGAAAAAUGAUUUUGCCCCUGGAAUUCCUGGAACAUGGAAAAAAACUCCAGUAUCCAAUGGUUAAGCGAGAAUUUUGAAUGGAAUAUAGCUUCCAGGAGAAUCGCUGAAGAGAAGUAAAGAUAUUUCUUUGAGAAAAAAACGAAUCAGAACAGAAAAUGAAAAACUGAAAAAAUUAACUUUUUAUUUGGAAACUGGCUAAUCCAGGAGCCGUUCCAGAGACAAGCAUGGCUUUCUUAAACGCUUCGGAGUCCUUAGAUGUCGUCCAGGCUGUUAGUCAAAAUGAAACUCAGGAAUACGACGACAGAAAAGAGCUCUAUUCGUACAUCAUUCCGGUCUACAUAGGCCUAUGUCUGGCGUCUGGAAUCGUGAGCUCCACCGUCGUGUUGGCCAUUCCAUGGGUCAAGAGACCCAUUUCUCCCACAGUUCGUCUCUCCUUGUCUCUGGCAGCAGCGAACACUGUAUUUUGUUUCAUAUUCACUUUAGACUUGCUCCUCAUGUACCUGAGGAAAGUGAGGAACAUCGAGUUUCCGGUGUGCGCCCACCUCGUCCUUGAGACGGUCAGGCUGUGGAUCAUACUCGUCCAGAUCUUCCACCUGCUGGCUCUGGCCCUCAACCACUACAUAGGGAUCCUGAAGCCCUUGCACUACGCCGCCACGAUCACUCCUCAGGUGCUCAAGUGCAUCAUCGCCAUCCUGUGGCUUAUACCACUUAUUGGGAUGUUCGUCGGAUUUUCUGUCGUCCCAAACCAGGGCUAUCAAUCAAAAGACUGCAUGAAGAAUGACUUCUACCAUACAGGACUCACGUUUCGUAUUAUCUGGACGUGCAUUUUCUUCGGGCCUACGUUCGUCAUCAUCGUGGUAUAUUCCCACAUCUUCUGUUUGCUCAAGAACAGGGAGUUCUAUCUCGUCAGUCCCGAGCAGCGCAAUCACUUACGGAGGAACAUCAAGACCGUCCGCACCACUGCUUUGAUCGUCCUGACCUUCCUGAUCGGGUGGGUACCUGCUGUCCUCAAGUUCAUCCUCAUUUGCCCAAAUUGUGUCUUCACCAAUGUUGACCAGACGACCAAUGUCGCCCUGGGGGCAGCAUUCAACAUUAUGUUUUCAGUCAAGGUGUUCACUGAUACCUUCAUCUACGCCAUCCGCUUACCAGACAUCCGCAAAGCUCUUCUGUUGAUGUACGACAGAAUAAGAUGCAGAGUGAUUCCUGGAAGACACAGGCGAGCAUCCGCCAGCAAUUCCUCGAUGCGCACUACUUUCUCGAGGCUGUCUCUGACGUCACCGAGUCUCCACAGAGUUCGCAUGUCCUGGAAUCGUGGCUCUCCAGGGUCGAAAUCCAGGUCAAGGUCAUCCUCGAACUCCCCAAUUCUACAGAACCAUGCCAAAAAGUCACAAUACAUCUCACCUGGCGUCUCGAACAAAUCUACAGUAGACAUCGAAGUGACGUCCUUCGCCAACGAGCUGCGACUCAAGACCUUGGUCGAGGAAGAGCCCAAUGAUCAUCUCAUAGAGAUUGGCAUCGACAGAGUGUAAAGAUUUUACGAGGUUCCCAGUGACAACUCUUUGGUCCCUUUCUGUUUUCCCUUUUGAAACUUUACGGGAAAAAAGACCAAGAUUGAGGGAUAAUACGCUUGUAUGAAGAAUCGAGUGCAUGAGUGUAGCGUUAUUUAACCGAGAUCUAUCUUGGGUUAAUUCUGUAACGCAGAGGAACAUGGAACUUAGGUCUAAUGCUCCCACGAACGGCAAACCUGCCCUUAGGCCGAAGUUCUUCAUAACGAUACAGCAACAGUGAAAUCGAAUUUUUAUGAUACAUGUAAAUAUUUCAUGGUUCGAAAGAAGGAUCCUUCUUAACACGUUGAAACUGUUCCCUGUGCAGUGUAAAGCCAUUCAAAGUUAAGCACUCGAUUGAAAGAGCAGUCUGCCCCCUGGUACCAAUUGUGUUUGUAUAUUACCAGGUCGAAAGUAAAGAGUCAUUCGCCUCUUUCCCGAUAUUGCUCAGGCGUGAGGAGUGUGGUACUACAACCAGAAAAAUAUUUAGCUGCACAUUUAUCAGCUAAUCAACGGUUUAACGGUUUUUACGACUGGUGAGACGGCAAAUUACGUUGUGUGCACUAUUAUGGGAGCAGUGUCUGUCAAGACAGAAACCAAUAUCAUGAAUGUUUCCUCGCUGCUCAUGAACCAAAAUAAUUUACUCAGCUAAGUUCAUCUUACACCAAAACGGUCACAAAAUCACGUGCAACGUUAGUUAAGAUUUACGUAACUCGCUGUAAAGGGGGAACUAUAGUAAUGUUACGUGUUACUGUCGAGGUUUACCUCCUUGUUAUGAUAAGGUGAGCAGCUAAUAAAGGUUUUCACGUUUUGCUUUUGUGAGUUAAACAAAGACUGAAAUAAUCCACCGGUUUAUGUAAUCCACGCAUUCACCUGUUUCCAUAAUUAUGGUAAAUAAAGGGGAUCAGUGUAUCAAUAUUAUGCCAUCGCAUAAAUGAAUGGCUGUCUCUAGUCUUACGAGUAAUACGUAGUCUGGAAACGUUCGGUAAAUCAGUUAAAAUAACUAGGAUUGAGCGGGAAAAUGAUAUUUAAAUGAAUGUACAAAACCACCAGACAUUACUAAAAGACAAAACAUCGUAGCAGAUGAUCAGAGAGCAAUCAUGGAAAGCAUCAAUUACGUAUCAAUAUUAUUCGUGCAAUACCUCUCGUCCCCCGUUUCAUUCCACGUCGUUCCUCUGUCCAGCUUUGGGUCCGAAUGUAAACAUUUGAAUAAUUUGAUCAGCUGUUGAACAACGUUUAUGUUACUCGAUAUUAAUUGAUGUCCUUCGAGAGAUACCCCCAGCUGUUCCCUUUCCGUAUAGGAGGAGGUGACGUAAUAACUAAUAGGAGUCUACAGGAUCCUCUGAGGAGAUAUGGUAGAGGAGGAGGCCUUCCUGUUGCCUAUUGAUCGAGGCAUAAAUUAUUUGUUUCCUUUCUCGUUGGGGAUGAAGUAGCCAUGAUUAAUUGAUAGUUUAUGUUGCAAAGAGGCUUUGUUUAAUGAAUUUAUGUGUACUUAAUAAGGAGGGGGGGCGGGUGGGGGGCUAAAGUUGCCGGAGAAUUGCAAUAUUUAUACGUGAGGAAUUAAUGUGUUUAUCAUAAACGAAUAAGAAAUCGUCAAGACGAAAUGUUUAGACACAAGCAUUUUACCUGAAAGUAGUGAUAUUUCAACGACAUUAAACGUCCUCUUCUAGAACAUUAUUCUGAUGAGUGUGAAUUGUUAUGACAUCAGAAAAACAAUUAUACGCUUUUAUGAUGAUUCCAGUAAUUUGCGAAAAAGUUAAGAUAUACAAAUAAUGUUUCCGUCACAUGCUAUGUAAUGGCUUUCUGCACGUCGUUUGAUUGACAGUGUUUUCUAUUCCUGUUAUAAUUUUAUUCCUGUGCAAAGUUUACAUAGUUCAAAUCAGUCUCCAAAUUGAUUAAAUCACGCUUUCAUUGACUGUAUAUGCCCAAUGACUGUAGCCUACGCAGUCUACAGCGUCAUGUUCCCGUCACCAAGUCCUGUAGAUGUUACAGAGUUCCUGUGACUUCUAUGGGAACUGCAACUGUUCCCAGUGACCCAGGACAAACAUAUC